GAACGGAGAACGGAGAACGGAGAACGGAGAACCCCUCUAAAGCGACCCCGCUGUGAUUGGAAACAUGAUCUGAUAACAGCACAUCAGCUUCUCUCAUAUAGGUAGCUCCGUCAAGCUUUAAAUUCAACCACAAGAAACUCACACCUCCCCUUUCCCCCCACGAAACAACAAGCUUGAAACCGAAGAACUUCACAUACUCCAAAAACAAUACCAACAAAAUGUCUGCUCUCAAGGCCGGUGAUUCUUUCCCCGAAGGUGUUACCUUCACCUACGUCGCUCCCAGCGGCGACACCGACCUGACCGUCUGCGGUCUUCCCAUCCAGUACGAUGCCAGCAAGGAGUUCCUGAACAAGAAGGUCGUCCUCGUCGCCGUCCCCGGUGCUUUCACCCCCACCUGCCAGCAACAGCACGUCCCCUCGUACCUGGCCAAGCUCGAGGAGUUCAAGUCCAAAGGUGUCGACCAGAUCGUCUUCAUUGCCAGCAACGAUGCGUGGGUGAUGGCUGCCUGGGGCAAGGCCAACGGUGUCAAGGAUGAGUCUAUUCUCUUCAUGUCCGACGCCGACUGCAAGUUCAGCAAGACCAUCGGCUGGACUCAGGGUGACCGCACCAAGCGUUAUGCUAUUGUCAUUGACCACGGCAAGGUUACCUACGCCGAGUUGGAUGAGGUGCCUAAGAGCAUUGCCAACACUGGUGCCGAGGGUGUCUUGGCUAAGCUCUAAACGGAUAAAAGGGGGAUGGAAAAGCCAAGGGGAUAAACACAACAAAGGCGCAUAGUACUUAAUGAUAUCACCGGCAACACUCAUAUAGAGAAAUAAUGGGAACCAAAACAUAUGUCAAGGGAGACGCGAUGGUGAUCGCUGAGGACUCUUGUUGUGACUGGGUAUCCGCUUGAUAGAGUAUCACGAAGUAUAGAAUAGAAGCCGCGUGGAAUGCCUUUUGC